GGCAACGGCGGAGAGGGCGUCUGUCAUGACAGAGCGGGGGCGGGCCACGGCCCCGGGCCCCGUGAAGCGGCGGUGACAGGGACAUGGGAAAGGGAAGGGGGUCGUGGCUGUCGCGACAGAGCAGGGGCGAGAAGCCAGCGUGGGCCGGAGCGCUUUCCCAGCCCGCGGCGGUGCCUCGGUGCGUGGGCCCCGCGGCGCCACGGCGGUGGCAGUGAUGUGUCUGCGGCCGAGCGGGGCCGGCACUCUCCGCCAUGGCGGGGGCGGGCGCGGAGGGCGCGGCACGGCGAGGACCGAGCCCGGGCAGCCACCGCCCUUCGCCAGCUCCUGCCCGGAGGGGCUUUCCUGGAGCGGCUGCUGGGGUUCCCAUGGAGACGCCCCGCGUCCUCUGACGAGUGUCCUCUUAUCGGCGACAGUUGCCAUCGCGGUUGGUGCCGCCCUCCUCGCCGCGCUCCCGGGCUCGGUUGCUUUGCAGGCGACUGUCCCCUCCUGCACACCCCGCGAGCACCCCUGGCUGCCGGGGUUUACAGAUUGUUGGGAGAGGAUCCGAAGCAGUGAGUGAGGUUUUCCUAAUCUCGACCUGUCAUCCGCUGUCGUGGACCGAAGGUGCCGUCUCGUGCUUCGCCCCAUUGUAAUGUACCUCUUAAAGCCUUUCUUACAUCUAACUAAGCUGUUUUCCUGGUUUCCUCUGCUGUAGGGGACUAUAUUUCAGCGUUAAUGUAUUCUCUGUUCUUUCCCCCGUGCCUGGAAUUGCUACGUGAAUGCUAUGGGUUUGUUCAGAUAAGGGUUUUUGGAAUGGGAAGUUUGCAGGCAAAGUGGCUCUUCUCUCAAAAUCACUCAAUGCAAGUGUUGCUGCUGCAGAGGUAGGAGCUGCAGCAGGCAACAGGCAUGAAUGGAGAAAUUAGAAAAUAGUAUUUUUUCAUGGAAACGGCUGCAAAUGGAGCCGGUAUUCAGCAAGAGAAUAGAGAAAGCAAAGGAAAUUAAAGGUAUGUCCCAUCAAAGGAGGUUGCUUCAGUGAGCUACCACAAACAGAGGUCAUUUUUUGGGUAGCAAAAUAUUAUGAGGAAUGUACUGACAACUCUUGGGACUUUAGCGUAGGGUUUGUAUUUUUAUUCAGUGAAGGUUGUGCUGGCUUGUCCUUCAGGCAGUGCUGCUGGAUGUGACUCAAUUGAUUUGAAGACACAGGAUAUUGGUUUGUUGGUUUGAGUAUAAUAUUUGCUCUUGUGCUUAAGUGCUAAAAACUCCUUUAAUGUAAUCGGUCCUUCAUUUUCUUAAAUACCUUUUGCUAUUCAUUAAAUUUUAAUAAAGACUCGAAUUUCUUGGAAUGUAUUUUUAAUCAAAUUGAUUUAUGUCAAUCUGGCUAAAACAAUAAAAGUACUUGUACACCACAUGAGUGUAGAUCCCUCAGCAUGUGUAGUUGUCUGAAGUAUGAAGCACUUAAGAAUUUCCAGGUGGCUUAAUGGUGCUGAAACAUGACUUUAGGAGAUUUUCCUGCACCUGAUAAGGAAUCAAAAGAAAAUUCCUUAUGCUGAAAAGUCAGUGCACACGUGCGCUUAGUGAAGGUGGCACCAGUUCAGUGAGUUCCGUGGGUUUCCAGGGGUGGGUGGGUCUUUCCUUUGUGUGAUAUUUAGGGAGAAUUGUCAGUCUGUAGUUGUCCUGUAGAGACUGCUCACAGCGCUCUGGUAAUUUCAGCCUGAUCUGGUGAGGAUUGGGAGAUUUUCCACAGAAGGAGCAAAGGAGCAUUCCUGUGGGGCCUGUCUUUCAGAGUGCAGGGGUAGCUGACUCAUUCCCAACUCUGUAUCCAUAGCUGGAAUUGCCAUGUCUGUGAGUCUUUCAUAAUAACACUUCAGCAACCUGACUGAUUUUAAUCAGUCUGGUAGAAAAUGAGAGUAUUUUUUUGUGAGUUUAUUCAAGAUUGGUGGUUAGAAUUACGAGACCUAGAAGCCUUCAUUCCUUCAGGCCCAGAAGGAGAGUUUAGGCUGGGAGUAUCUACCCCCAGCAGUCAGGGGACAGAUAAUCACCUACUUCCACUUGACUAACCAGCACUUGCAGUGGUUGAGGGAAGGAGGGCAGUAUUCGGGUUUUUUUUUCUUUUAAAAUAAAUAAUGUUUUGUAUUCUAUCAGUGAUCUGUGCCAUUUAUUUGAUUUUACAGUGAUUAUUUGUUCCCCCAAGGGAAAACAGGGUUCACACUUUGAAGUCAGUGAUUUCAAUGAGCUGGUAAUUUAAAUGGGUGUCCUGGUCAGAAUUGGGAAUGUUUGUUUUGUUAUAUAACUUGAGAAUUUUGCACAUAGUGCUUCAUCUUCAGCCUUGUAUUAAACUUGAUUCACAAUCAAACUUGUGAGUUUAAUAGAAAAUGCAAAUAAGCCACAUUAAGUUUGCAGAUAUGAAAGAAAACUAAAAAGCUCAUGUCAUCUCCACAAAAGGCAUGGGCAGAAAGAGAAGUAGCAAGUUUUCUGUAUAGGCUGUGCUGAUUUCUGUCUAUUUUAAAUUUGUGUCAGGGACACACAUAAUGGAUCUGGGAUAUGCCCUAAUCCCAGUCUCUAUGGAAAAUGCCACAGGUUAAGAAAAGCAAGGUCACCAAAAACUACAAACAAAUGUACUGUUGGCAUCACAUUUGCGAUACACUCAGUAUUUAGUUGGAAAAAUGAAAUUUUGGGCUAAGCAUUCCGGUUAUUUAUUUUUAUGUUCCUUCUUACUUCCCAUCUCCUGCCUUUCACACGUGUUUGCCCUUCCACUUUCCAGAUUGCCAACUGUUCUGGUUCCCAGCUGAUCAGUCCUGAGGGAGCAGCUCUGUGCAGAACAGCCAUUUUGAGCUACACACUCACCAUCUAUUGUUUUCCUCCAGAGAGAUCCCUGAACACAUUGCACAGGUCCCGUGCCACAUUCACAACCGUUGUGUUGAAUUUGCAACUAUUUGUUGAAAGAAAAUGUAAUCUAAAGCCAGGAAGCAAGAAGGUUACUGUUGUAUGGUCGUGCUAACAAAUGAGCUAUUUUGGUUUUGUUUUCAGGAGCAGUUGCAGUAUUUACCCAGCUGUUUCUUAAUGAAAUGAAUGAGUUUACCCAGUGGUCUACCGUCAAUCUAAUAAUAAUUCCUGUUGUCCACUUUUGUCUUCUUUUCCUCACACUUAUUUUAUUCACGAUCCAGUAUGUUGUGCCUUAAAGCAAGAAAGUCUUAAUUUUUUUAAGGCUGCAAGGCAAAACUGCACAAUGAAAAUGCUAGGUGAGAAAAGCUGUGAAGGUAUAAAUCACUGCCUUCCUAGGCUCCCUCAGUUCGGUUUAUAUUUGCAUAAUAAAAGAUUGGGAAAUGAACAAUUUAACUGAAGGAAAAGUGAAGGUAGCAGGUGAGCCUGGGGCAGAUUUCUGGCAGGUGUUGGUAAAUGUUGAUGUGUUGUUUGAAGUGCCCGCUAGCACAGCUGAUUCCCAACUCUAUUUACUCUCCCUGGCGUUCAUGUGCUCGCUCUCAGGUUCCUUGCCCAGCAAGUUGCCCACGGGCACCCUGGAAUACCGUGCAGGGCGUGCUGGGUGUGCUCUGACCCUGGGUCUGCAGCAGAAAAACGUGAACAGCAGUGCUGGGCAAGGCUUCCUGAGAGACGAGGGGGACUCGAGAGGGUCCUCAGCCCCUGGUGCUCGUGCAGGUCCAAGCCGGUGCUGCUGCUUCCUCCAGAGCUGGGACUGGUGCCCGCCCGUGCCCCCGCUCCCGUUCAUCCCUUGCAGGAGAGCAGGGACUCGGCUACAGCUCAGCUGGGAUCUAACAGGGGGUUAAUGAACACUCAGCCUGUGAGGAAAAAGGCAGAUUGUCCCAUUCUCAUAUAGCCCAUCGAAGAUGUAGAUGAUGAAGAGGUGUUUUCCCCCUCUGCCUUGGGAUCGAAUGCCUCUGUCACAGACCAGGGCGUUUCUCUAAGGAAAUGGAUACAUCUUCUGAAAAAUACCCAGUCAAAAAGCGAGUGAAAAUUCAUCCUAGCACAGUAACAGUGAAAUACACCACUCAUUACCCCCAGCCAGGAGAAGAGGGAUACGAGGAUGUUAAUGAAGAUACUGGAGUAUUUAUGGAGGAUAAUCCUACGAGAAGACUACUGAAUGAUGGGAAAAAGAGAGAAAAGACUUUUUUUGGUGCAACAGACACCAAGCCAGCACAACUGCCAAAACAUGACGAGGGUGGACAAUCCCAGCACUUCCCUGAAGGAAAUGUACUGCAGUCCAGGAAAACAUGGGCAGUGCUUUUUGGGUCUGCUGUGGCUCAUGGAUGUGUGGCUCUGAUCACAAGGUUAAUUUCUGACCGUUCCAAAGUGCCAUCUCUGGAGCUGAUUUUCAUCCGCUCGGUCCUGCAGCUGCUGUCCCUCACUGCUGUGUGCUACCACCACGAGCCUCCCUUUGGCCCCAAAGGCUACAGGCUCCGGCUCUUCCUCUAUGGGGUCUGCAAUGUCAUCUCCAUCACCUGUGCCUACACUUCCUUCUCCAUAGUGCCCCCCAGCAAUGGGACCAUCAUGUGGAGGGCCACCACCACAGUGUUCAGUGCCAUUCUGGCUUUUUUACUCAUAGAUGAAGGAAUGGCUUAUAUAGACAUAGUCACUGUUGUUGGCAGUGUGUUCGGUGUUUGUCUCGUCAUGAUCCCCAACAUUGCUAAGGAGGAGAACUCUUUGCUGAGCACCUGGAAGGAAGCUUUUGGCUACACCAUGACCGUCAUGGCUGGUCUGACCACUGCCCUCUCCAUGAUAGUCUACAGGUCCAUCAAAGACAACAUCAGCAUGUGGACAGCGCUGUUCACUUUCAGCUGGACGGGAACAGUGUGGGGAGCAUCCACCAUGUUCCUUCUCCAAGAGCCAAUCGUCCCACUGGAUGGGGAAACCUGGAGCUAUCUCCUUACCAUCUGCCUGUGCUCCACUGCAGCCUUCCUGGGGGUCUACUAUGCCCUGGGCAAGUUCCACCCCGCUCUGGUGAGCACUGUGCAGCACCUGGAGAUCGUCAUCGCCAUGGUCCUGCAGCUCCUUGUGCUGCACAGCUUCCCAGGCACAUGUGAUCUGGUUGGGGCAGUGCUUAUUUUGGUGAGUGUUUUUUUCCUUGCGUGUUAUAAGCUUUCCUGGAAGGAGUUAAGAAGGCAAGAUUAUCAGGAGAUUGUGGAUUUGUCCAUUAAAUGAAUGUUGGUUUUCAAUGUCUGAUUCUGGCUGUGACCAUGCGGAAAUUACUCCUUUCAGUUCCUGUGUCUGAGUGUAGUGGCCAGGCCCUCUCUCUACCAUUUCACUUCUCAGCUGAUGUAACAAUGUUGGUAUUUCCAGGCUCCCAUGCCAGGUGGAUUUGUUCUGCUGCACACAACCAUUUUGUUAUGCCCAGAAGAGUAGCUCACAGGGUGCACAGCCAGCACAGGCUGGCCCACUGAAAUGUGGGCCAAGCUCUUCUUGACCUUCUCUGGAUAAAGCAAUACAGAGGGACUCCAAAGUGACUCUCAUUCAUGUGUGCUGUGGUAGUAGGAAGAUGAGCAGCAAAACCAUUACAACAGUCAACCCAAAUUGUCAUUUCCUCUGUAAUGCUUCUUAAGCUUUGGCUGUCAUAUUCUAAAUGGAGCAAUGCUAAAUUUCUGUGACUAAAACUUUCAUUUCCUGUGUGUAUAAAGAAGUCAGUAAAGCUUUU